GGUCCACGCCCUGCCGCCCACACGCUACGCUUCAGCCCAGCUUGCUGCCCUGUUGUCCCAGCGCCGCCUCAGCUCCUCCCGCGCUCGCCCCCACCCUCCGCCUCCCGCGCUCGCCAGGAUUGGCUGAGCGUGAGCUCGCUGCGCAGGGAUUGGCUGAACGCAGAGGCCCCGCCUUUUGUGUCAGCGGGCUAGGUUACUCAGCGUGAGGUCGGCGGCCGCCUAGUUGCGGGUGCCUUAGUACAACUCGUUCCCUCCCCCUCCCGGCCGGGCCCGCAGGGAGAGCGACGCUCAUCAGGCGGCUCCGUCCAGGCGGCUCCAGCAGCUCACAACCGCCAUCCCUCUCGAUAAGCAGUUUGUGGAGAUUAAGGACACACAAAGGGAACAUCUGCUUUUAAGGUUACAGAGGUGCUAAAGCAUGGCUGACUUGGAUCACAAUCUCAGUCUUGCAGAUGCUCUGACAGAACCACCAGCAGAAAUUGAGGAAGAAGUGAAACGAGAUUUCAUUGCCACCCUGGAAGCAGAGAAAUUUGAUGACGUGGUUGGAGAAACAGUGGGUAAAACCGACUAUAUCCCCCUACUGGAUGAUGAUGACGAUGCAAAGGCUGGGAGCCAGGAACCAAAAAGCAAGCCUCACACAGAUGGUGGUCAUGUAGAAAGUACUUCAGCUGUUGGACCAGCAGUGCUAGAGAAUGGUGACCAUGGAAUAGAAGAUGACAGUACAGUAUCCCCUAGAGAGCUCAUGGGUGAAAAAAUGUCCUACAAAGAGUUUCUGGAUCACGACGAGACCUGGGCGAUGGAUGAUAGAGACCUUUGCUUUGAAUCACAGUCGAUAUUCAGACCCAUGGAGGAGACAGAGCCCUUCAAGAUGCACAGAGAGGAUGUCCUGUCCGAUAUGCUGCUACGUCCUUCUGGGGAGACUCACCUACCAUUCACAGAGCAUUUUGAAGCUUCAGAAGAAGUUCAUGCACCCCAUGCAGCUGUGAUGGUACCUGAACUGCCUUCUUUGGGAUCCCCAUAUUCUCCUGCAGAAGUUAUAGAUCCAUCUGCUUUCAUGACCCUGGAUUCAACAACAGAGUCUCUGCUGAAUAUAGCAGCACCUGCAAGAGUGACAGUGCCUGAAGAACAUUGGCUGGGAGUUCAGUAUGCUGUGGAGGGACUAGAUGAAUCUUCCUUUGUAGAGCCACCAGAACCCACCAGGUUAGCUGAUGUAGCAGAACAAUAUUUGCCAAGUCCAGUGGCGGCUGCACCUUCUGCUGUUCCUUCUGCACUAACAGAGACUAUAGGAGAAACCAAAGCUACUGACACACCACAGGUUGAACUAACAGCAUCUGUUCCAGCUGUGGGAGAAGUAUCUGUUCAAGUGAUGGAACAAGUGUCUAUUCCUGUAGUGGAAGAGCUGAUGGUGUUUGAACCUUCUGUUGAGCAACACAAGUCCUCUCUUAAUGAACCUCCAACAGUAUCAUCUGCUCCAGCUGAGGUAAUGGAACAAAAAAUGACGGUCCCAGAAGCCUCUACUCCUGGUGCAGAUAGUACUCUUGUGGAAGAGAAUAAACCUUCUCCCAGCAAACAUACAGAGCAUCUUCUAAAGCCAAAUGAACUCCUCCCAGAGCUGGCAGUGGAAGCAAAAGAACUAUUGACAUUAAUAGAAACUAAAGAAACUCUUCCAGAAAAAACAGCUCCGGCUGCUGACCUGGCCAUAGUAGAGAAGCUGAAGGAAGAAGCUGAGCUUAGUCAUGCCCACCAUACAGAACCUCCACAAGAGAAAUCUCCACUGGAACCUACAGCAAAACCAGAAGAGAUAAAACCGGUGGAGCUUGUGACGGGAAAUGACAUCACAGCACCUCCAAACAAAGAGCUUCCUCCAAGCCCUGAGAAGAAGAUCAAGCCUUCAGCAUCCACACCAUCAGCAAAACCUGCAGCAACGAAAACCAAGCCACUGUCCACUACAAGCCCCAAGCGGCCAGCUUCUGCCACACCUGGCCAAAAUAAAAAACCCACCAGCCCUACUGCAGGUCCUACUUCGGCCACUACUCCCAAACGCCCAGCCACCAGUACUACACGUCCCUCCACUUUAACUCCUAAAGACACUAAACCAAAGGUAACAGAUGCGAAGAGCCCAGACAAACGGACCUCACUUUCAAAGCCACUGUCUGCUACGACACCUCGAGCUGCUGUAAAGGGCAGCCCUGCCACGCCCAGGACAACUGCAGCAUCUCCAAUUACAACAGCCUCCGGUCUGAGAAACACUGCUACUUCCCCACCCAAAAGGCCAACAUCUAUCAAGACUGAAACAAAGCUUGCAGAUGCCAGGAAGACCAGUGCGAAAUCACUAUCAGCAGACUUGAGCCGCCCAAAGAGUGCUCCUGCAAACUCUGCGAAGAGCAGUGCCACUACCCCCACUGCAACAACCCCAGGUACUCCUGUUUCACCUGGAGUUGCCACCAGCCGCCCCAAACCCAAGCCAGCUGCAGCCAGACCCACCACAGCAUCGAGUACAACUCCAGAAGCUAAAAAAACAUCAACAGUUAAAGCUCCACUUAAAACUAGCACUGUUCCCAAGCCACCUCGCCCAACCAGCAGUGUUUCUGCCUCUGACCUGAAGAACAUACGAUCCAAAAUCGGAUCAACAGAUAACAUUAAACACCAACCUGGUGGAGGAAGGGCUAAAGUAGAGAAAAAACCAGAAUCAGCCGGUGCUGCGCGAAAGUCUGAACCCAAUGCAGUCUCUAAAAUGGCUACUACUAAAACAACUGUAACAAAAGAGGGUGCACAAAAGCAGCCCAAUGGGAAAGUCCAGAUAGUCUCCAAAAAAGCGAACUACAGCCAUGUUCAGUCCAAGUGUGGUUCCAAGGACAAUAUUAAGCAUGUCCCUGGAGGUGGGAAUGUUCCAAAUGCCCAAAAGCCAGCUUCAGGCAGCCGCUCCCAGCCGUCCAUCGCCCCCAAACCCAGCCCAGGCAGUACCAAUGUGCAGAUUCAGAGCAAGAAAGUUGACAUUUCCAAAGUGUCCUCAAAGUGUGGCUCUAAAACGAAUAUUAAACACAAACCAGGGGGAGGAGAUGUCAAAAUCGAGAACCAGAAACUGAAUUUCAAGGAGAAGGCACAGGCAAAAGUGGGCUCUCUGGACAACGUGGGACACGUGCCAGCAGGAGGCACAAUGAAGCCUGAGGGGAGUGAAGAGGCAGCGCUGCUGGCUCAGGCCCCUCAGAAUGGAGAUGUGACAGAGCCCCAGGCCGGCUGUGAAAUGCAGGAGAAUGGAGUAGGGCCGACUGCGCCCGCUGUGGGUGGUGGUGGUGACCAAAGGGAAAUUCAGAGCUUCGGCACUCAGAUACAAGAAACAAAUUGAAUCCCACAAACUGAUGUUCCGUGAGAAGGCUAAGGCUCGCACGGACCACGGAGCGGACAUCAUCGUCGUCUCCAAAUCCCCCAACCUUUCCAGCAGCACUUCCCCCUGGUGUAGCACGUCCGUCAGCGAGAGCCUGGGCUCCAUCGCCUCCUCGUCACCGCUGCAACAGCCGGCUCCCCAUGCAGAAGACCUUUCUGCGAUGCUUUCUCAGCAAGGCUUGUGACUCGUCCCCACCCACCCCGCCUCCCAUGUGCUUCCCAGAGUAACUCAGCUUGGAUCCCUUAACCCGGCACUUGGCUUUAGGUGGGAAGGGGACAGCAUUUUAGCAGGGCUAGCUUCCCUUUCAGUGGUGCUGUCUGUCAACACAGCAAUGUAGUUGUUCACCCAUACAGCCCAGGAAUCUGAGGUUCAUUUCAUCGUGACAGUGGCUCUGCCUGCCCCAGUGUGUCUCAGGCUCUGGUGAUCUCGUGUUGGGUGGAAAGGGCAUCCUUUCCUCUCCUCACCUCCGAUCCUCUUGCUCUUAGGAGGACACCAGUGUGAGUCUGAAUGACGUGUUUCUUAGGGACAGGCAGCUGGAGAUCUCUAGACUAAACAUAUGCUUAAAGCCACUUCUCGUUCUGGGGAGGGCGCCAAGCCUCAUUCUAUUGCUGCGUUUGGGAGGAAGCAGUGGGGCUCUGCUGCGAGUGGCCAAAGCCAGGCCGGAGUUAAUGGGGAUAAGCUGUGAUCUUUCUCUUUUUUAACUUCUCCUCCUGCUGCUUCAGUUUCUGCUGUUCCUAUUUAAUGAUUAUCUAUAUUAUACACACACAUUAGGCUGUUUUAACUGUUGACUUUAACCGUUUCAUUUUUUUUUUGUGACGAAGUGCUGAUGAUUUAUUGUGCUAUGACCAUGCUAAGUUUCCUUUUCUCUCUUUCCUUCUUUCCCUAACCAUAGGAAUAAAGACAUUAACCGCUGCUGCAGUGCUGGCUUCUUAUCGACAUAUCCAGCAAUUGUAACUGUUUUCUUUGUGUUGUUUUUUUUAAAUAUUUUUAAAUGAUGGAGCAAAUUCAUGGGAUUAAGCCAUGUCUGAAAGGAAAGGCAUAAGAAUGUGCUAAAAAAAAAAAAUCUCUUGCUGUAACAGUUCAACCAAGCCUUGUAUUGACUGCAACAAGUGAUGCUAAAGGGAUGCUUAGAGAACCUCCUAUCGGGGUAAAUAACCAAGCCCUAGAGGAUGCCCUGGCACCUUUGUAGUUGCUUCUGUUGGAUUAACAAAAGGCGCAAAGUAUAUUUAUUAACUCGAAUAGCCACAGACCGUUUGUUGUUUUUUUUCUUUGCCAUGGUAUCAGGCCGGGGUUAGGGUAUCAGACCAGGAAGCUGCUUCAAACAGUAUGUUGCAGGUUAAUGCAGGGUGUGUGUGUUCUGAUGCAAGGGAUCCAGUGUGAUAUGUAUUAUUUUUUAACAAAUGUUAAAUGUAGGGGUCAACAGAUUACCUGGCUAGAUGCAAUCUGGUGGGAGGCUAGGAUGGGGAAGAAGUGAACAGCUGCCUCCCAUCCAGGGAGCCAGAGAGGGAAAGCUGAAUGUCUGUGAAAGGUUGGGAGGGGCAGAGUAGACAGGCUUACAAUAUGAAGGCGCGUUACAGCCCUGGCUUGUCAAGAGAUCACACACCAUUGUGGGUUGAGCUCCUUGUAUUAUGUUGCAAACGACACUAAAGAAACAAAAUGUAUAUAAAAAAUCUGGUGGUCUUGAGUCAUCAAACUAACUUAAAGCAAAAAGCAGGAUAACAAAACACAGGGAACAAAGUUAACUGAAGACAGACGUCCGCUAAGGGGGCUGGCCAAUUUGAAGGGGGGGUGGAGAGGAGCCCACAGCUUCCUCUGCUUGUGGGAAUAGUUCUCUUUGGGAAGCUGACAGGUGACACGAUAACCCGGAAUCUGUAUUUACACACAAAGAUUCUUAUUGCACUUGUAUUUUUUAUAUUAAAGUUUGCAUGAUUUCUAAUAAAAUGGCAUUAAAAUGUAAUAGUUUGCAUCCAAGUGGUCUGCUAGUCUUGUAAGUGCUUUUUCCACUAAAUACAAAAUUGAAUAAACAAUGCAGAUUUGCACCUGAAAGGGGCUGUUAUAUAUACCCUGUUCUCUCCAUAAAACUCCCUCUGUUCCCCUCUUCCCCAUCACUACCACCUUUCCUCUCCAAUUCAUGCCACACGCAUGGUACCCUAGGACCAGGGAGAAGCUGCUGGGCUCAUCAAAUUCUCCUGCCCUCUGUGCUUGGAAGUUCCACAUAGUUGUUUACAUCUUUCAGUGCUUGUUUUGAGGGCCCAUCCCGAGGGGGUUCAGAUUCUCGUAACCUUCUUUCUUUCCUCCAGUGUUUACCUUGCUCUGGAGAGAUGGACGCUGGAGACCUAGGGCUGAGGCUGCACAACCAGAGGCAGCCGGGGCAGCACCAUACCCAGUAAGCCAGUAAUAGCCAACCCAUCCAUUGAAAGAUUGCUCCCCGUGGGGUGGAUUAGAAGGUGGCCCCAUAGCCAUUGCACUUGCUGUCCUGCUGCCUCAGUAAGGGAGGAGAACCUAUUCGAUGUCAAGCGUCCUCCCAGGGUAAAAUGGCUGAAUGGUGUUGUGAUGCCCUGAAGCAUUGUGACAGCUGCUCUGGCUCUGCAGGUGCUGGCUCAGAUCUCUAUGAACAUCAAGACAGACGCAUCCACCUGCAUGUACCCCUCCCGGUAUAUAUCACUGCCCCUUCUCUGAUGCUUCCUACGUUUUGUUACUAAAUUCUAAACACCAGUGAGAUCUCUUUAAAUCUGUGAAUUGGGAUUGAGCGGGAAGGGGGUAUUUGAGCCAGAGAAAUGGUUUUAAGAGUUAAUCCCCUUAACAGGAAAAGGCACAGACUUUGCUUCCCAAGGCAAUAAUGGAAGUUUGCUCUGAAAUAGGAGACCUGACAGGGUUGCAAUGGCUAGCGCAUUUCUGCAGUAGGGUAGGUGCACAUCACCCAAUGAUAAUCUUUCAGUCCUGUGUCUGCAGGUAUGUGGAGUCCCAGCUAAAUUCCUGUUUAAUGCCAGAUGCUGGGAUUGGUGGUAAUCUGAUGUCAGGCUUGGGGCUCCCCUCCAGACCCAGGAGUUGAGAAAUGUGCACUAAUGAGCAAGGUGCCUGUGCGGGAGUAGCUGAUAACAGACUCCAGCCACUGCUGUAAAAUCCAGCCAUGUGCUCCAGAUACAUAUGGCCAAGGUUCAUUUGUUUUCUUCUGAAUUACUCAGAGAGAGGUGGAAGCUGAAAUACCACGUUAUUUUCACUUCAUGCUGCUAGAGACCACAGGGAAGAGUAAAGCCAUUGAGGCAGGAUGUCUGAUGGUCCUUUUUACCAAUUUCACAAGGUGGCGAGUGUUUAGUUCGGGGACCCUGAUAGGAAGGCAGAUAGCAACAUUGCACUUUAUGUUCUGAGAUUGCAAAAAAAGAAAGAAAAAAACUUGUUUUAUCGAGUUAAGUUUUACCUCCUCCUCAUCCCUCUUGAUUGCUUUUCUCCAAUGAAUUGGUCUGCAGCAGAGCGAAGGCCUCUCUCUAAAUGUGCACAAACCGUCCCAAACUCUCACAGGUUUCAGCUGAACGCUAAGAGCUCUUUGUGCUUCUGUGCCACUUCUCUCUAACAUUUGUUGUGCCUGUUUGAGUGACUUAAACUAGAUCCAGAUAUACCAGUUUGGUUUUGCUAGGACAGCUUCAGUUUUACUAAGAAUUUUUGAUUUUACUUUAAAGAAAUAGCUGUAAGUAUUGCUAGCCUGGGAAUAGUUGUGUGUGUGUGUGUGUGUGUGUGUGUGUUUGAUAUGGUUCUGGUUUCCUAUGUAGAGGGAUGGGAGCAAGCGCUGAGUUAUGCUGAGACCUGAAAAUGAAAGCUGUGGGAAGCGUUACUGGCUAUUCUGCAGCAGGUUGGAAAAUCUCUCCGAGAAGCUGAAAAUCCCAUUAGUCCUGGUCUGCCUUUAAAUAUUUGGGACAUUGACCCGCUAAUUGAAAACUCCUGAGCUGUUGCCCCUCACGGCUCAAUGCUGCUUCCAUUGCAGUCAACCACUGACUCCAGUGGGAGCAGGAUCGGCCCCCAUGUGGGGAAAGGCUUCUGAGCUGUGUUGACAUGCACUGCUUGAAGGAGCCAGAGGUUCUCUCUCCAACUGCAUCUUCUCCAGAUGACGCAUGUAAAACAGAAGGCUUCUCCUGAGCCAGGCUCCUCUUCCCAGACAUUAGGGAUGCCAGUUGGGCAGGGUUCAACUGGCAGGAUGUAGAAUAAUGCAAGGGAUUUGUGUGUAUUCUUGUUAGGGUUGAUCCUAGGACUAUGUAGUAAAUGAAUUCCCUUUUUAAAAGUGAUGAGUUGAGUCUGAAUUAAAUGCGGCUUGAAUGUAAAUGUUCCUGGCCUCAGAUGCCCUUGUAGAAACCAGAGGAAUUCCCUGGGUUUCAGGUAUCUGCAAGAAGCUAGCAUGGCUUGGGACAGGUGGGCUGGGGUUUGCAUGUUUUUCCCUGCUGGCAGUCAGGUUGGGUUUCGUAAGCACAUCUGACAGGAAGCUUUAGGCUACAGUGGACUUGACUCACAAUGGAUGGGGCAUAAAAGCAACCUGCUGCUGUGGUCUCAGUGCAGAGCAGCCCCCUGGCAGAGUGUGAUGGGCUGGAAAUGGGGAUCUGCCCUGUUAGCAAGAGCAGCUCCAUUGUAGCCAUGGCAAGGCUAGAUGGGAAUGUGUGUCCUAGGGCCAUGACAAGUCUUACCUUUGGGGGAAAAGGAAUCUUUUUCUGGGCUUGUGGUUAAAGCUGAGAUUGGCUUUGAGAUGUCUGUAAUGGCUGCUGCGGUGAAAGGCUAACAGGUGAGGUUAAUAGGCUCUUUGGAAAGUGACUCCUGCAGGAGCUUGGAGGUUCCUUUUCUGUGAUGACUCUUGGUUCCACCUUCCAUACUUGCUCUCUCUCGCACACCAGCAUGUCGCAUUGGGGUGCAGUCAGGGCCUCUGUGGGAACGGCUGGCUGCUCAGUGCCUGGGGAUUGUUUAGUUGACAGUGACGUACAUGGUUCAGUGGGGCUUUAAUACUGUAAAACAAAGGACAUUCAAAUAAACAAAAGUGGAUCAACUCAAGGCCACAACAGCAGGAGGCUGCACGGUCUGGCUGCUUUGGCCUUUGCUGUUCUGGGGCUGCAUGUGUUCUGCUGUGCAGCACCUGGCCCCAGAGGCUGGGCUACAGCCUUAAUGUGCCUCCCGUUGUCAUGCUUGGUCCCUUACUGCUAAGUGAGUGUAGUUCCUUAUGCUGAUCCUUGCUGUUGUCCCCUGUACACGGAGUAGUGCGUCAGUGUGAAUGAGGCUCUAGACUAGAACCAUUGUGUGUUUGGUGCCCUCUGAGCAGAAUUUUGUUCUCUGACAUGAGAACUCAGGGUCUUCCAGAUUCUCGAACUGCCAGGAUGCCCCAUGUUCCAUCUCCACCACAGGAGAUGGAAAGAAAAUGCCAAGACCUCUUUAGCUUUUGCUGGACCACCGAGCAAAGACUCAGUAGGAAGAGUAACUGGUUAGUUGGCUGGAGAACAGCGUCAUCUUUUUGGGGUGGAAGAAAUGUCAUUCUGCCCAAGUAUAUGCAGUGUUGUUGUAGCCGUGUUGGUCCCAGGAUAUUAGAGAGACACGCUGGGUGAAGUCGCAUCUUUUAUUGGGCUGACUUCUGCUGGUUAGAGAGACAAGCUUUUGAGCUACACAGAGCACAAAAGCUUCUCUCUCACCAACAGAAGUUGGUCCAAUAAAAGAUGUGACCUCCCCCAUCUUGUUACUCUGCCCAAGGGCAGUUUGUGUGUGUGUGUGUGUGGGGGGAAUUCACAAGAAGAUUCUUUGCUUCCAAGAGGAAGGAGUUUGACAAGUAGUAGAAGCCAAGAUAAACGUAGAACUGUGGAAGACAGCUGUGGAAAGCAUCCUCCACCUUUUGUUGCCCUUUGCCACUGACGAUCUAGCUACUAUAUUUUUCCUUCUCAUAAAAGUCUCAAUACAGGAUGGCAUCCAGUGUAAGAUCAGUCAAGACUCCUUUAUUCCAGCCCUCUGCUGACUUCUCUUUCUGGCAUUUGGUAUUGCCUGAAGGCUCAGUAAUCCCUUAACAUAGGUACAUGGUGGAAAAGGCAUAGAAGGAAAGGAGGAGAGGGGGGUGGACUGAGAGGCAGGUAUGCUCUGAGCACAGGGCUAGGAGCAAGGAACACUGGAGUUCUAAUACUGGCUUCGAUAUUGUCUCCCUCUGUAGUCUUGGGAAAUCACUUAACCUCUCAGGCUCAGUUUCCUCAUCUGCAAAACGGGGAUAAUAAUAGUUACCUCACAGUGGAGGUGUGAGGUAGGAUUAGUGUGUAUUAGGUGCUCUCUAAGGGUUAAGUAUUAACAUUUUUGUAUUGUAGGAAUAUUAUACAGAGGCUCCUUCCGCAUCACGAGAUGCACCAUAAUGACUGAGGAGAGCACGGAGAUGUCCGGUUUUUGGCAGCGACUGUGCAGCCAACUGUUGCUAUAAUGUUGAGUGAUACAAAUGUUCCUAUAAUCUAGAGGGUGCUGAUGGGAGGGGGGAGAUUAUUGCAUGGAUGUAAAGGCUGAGGCUCCAGCUACUUGGGAGAGGUGGUAGAAUACUAGAGGGGGAGUGCAAACCCCUGGUACUGACGCCAGGGAGUGAAUUCAUACUGGUUUACUUCUGCCUUUGUUUCACCCUCCUUGUUGACUGUACAAGACUGGUGUCUCCAUUAGCAACAUUUCCUGAUUUGACGUUGUGAUUCUUACUAUUGUAAAGGAUUGAAAUAAAGCUUCUAGAUGUUGAACCUUG